UUCAAAACACAGUGAGCAGUACACGCGAUUGCAUCUGGCAAAAGAACCUUCCUCAUUAUACUUCAAGAACUACAUAGUCGCCAUGUCAGAACUACCUAGAGAGUUAUAUUCCGAGAUAUUCUCGUAUCUAGAACAGCGCCAUUUGCGUUCUGUGGCGCAAACCUGUCGUGACUUUGCCGCGCUUACCAAACCGAUGAGGUUUUCGCAACUACACUUCCACGGCGAUGCCCAGGAGGAUAGAUACUACGUAGAGAAUGAUCAGCAUGUAUCUUAUCCUGGUCGCAAGCAGGUAGUAGAGAUAGCGACUAUCGAAGCCGCGGUCGAAGACGUGCUGUCAUUAGGUAUUGGCCCAUACGUGAAACAGUUCGUUUUUGCCCCGAAGCAUUAUGUCGAAGAUUUUUGGCUCGAAUACCGUCAAUGGGUGGAGAACGAAGUCGAACCGGAUGAUGCGGAGGAUUUUCAUCGAAUGGGCGACCCGAGUGAUUAUGAAAGUGACGAAGAAUACAUGUAUGUAGGGAUGCGUCGUAUCGCGGAAGAGCGCGGUGCUCGUCCAGCGAAAGAACGAGAACUCGUUGAAGCUGCAGAAACCAUAUGGGCCACCAAGGUCGAAGAACAACUCUCAAAAGCGCAAGCGAAUCACGAUGCGUUAGUUCGUAUGUUUGAAAGCAUGACGGCUCUUCGAGGGAUUGAAGUCGUACAUUGGUGCUGUAGUCUCGAAGAGUACGGCAUUGAAGAUCGUUGCGAUCAAGAGGUCUUGGAGCAAUUCGCCAGCUGCAAAACAGUUUGGACGCAAUUGAAUAUGCUCAGCUCUGCAAUCGGUGAUUCAGGAAGACGCAUCGCACAGCUGACCUUACCUGGAUUCGACCCACUCUCCAUUACGAUCAAUCCUUCUCUAGAGCGUUUGUUCGGCUCUCUUACUAUGCUGUCCUUCAACAUAGACGAUCUAGAUUUCAUGUCACCGAGUUCCAGCCAUAAUGUGGCGAAUGUGAUCAAACUAUUGAGUUGUGCGACACAAACGCUGCAGGACCUGGAGUUCAGAAAUCACUCAGUACCCUAUCCGCAAUUACCACCUGCGAGUGAGAAGGAUCUGAACAAAUUGCUUGUCAACACUUUUCAAGAUUUAGCGGAAAAGAAGAUUGCAGUGUUCACAAACCUGAAGGCAUUCAAGCUUCGCAGCAUAAUCCUGGAAACCACCUCCUUCCUUGCGUUUCUUUCCAGUCAGCCAGCUUUACAGUAUGCAAGCUUUGAACACGUUUAUCUUGCCACAACCGGAUAUACUUGGGCAGAUGUGGCUCAAGCAAUGCCUUUGUCAUGCAGCAAGUUCUACGUCAGCCAGUGCGGCCAUGAGAUCUACAGUCCGCAAUCUCCCGUCGCCGUGAACCACAUCAAACCAUACCACCCAUUUAAGGAACAGUUCAGCCCAGAAAAAGGAUGGCAAGCAAAUGAGGCUAUAUUUGAUAGGGAAAUGAAACAACAAUGGGAGCGGGGUGUAGAUCGGUGGGGUCACAAGCUUCAUCUGCGCCCGAUGAGUACGGCCGAGCACGAGGAAUGGAUGCAAGGAAUCAAGAUGGCGACUCGACAUGCUAUGAUCGAAAGGCUUUGA